AUGGUUCAGACUCGCGGGAACAAUACUCCUUCUGGAGGUCAAAAGUCGGGUGCUACCGCCGCCAAGAAAGUAUCCGAAAAGCGUAAGAGCACCGGUGGGGACGUUGCUGCUGCCAAGAAGCUAGCGCAGGUGCCAGCUAGCACUACCGACAUCGAGACAAUUCUUUGGGUCCACCCAAAAUUUAAGUCCUUCUUCCAAUCAUGUUUCAAGCAAGAAAACGGAAGUCUAAAGGCCCGUGCCUGCCUUCGAUUCUUUGUUCGUGUUGGCCAUUGGAAAACCCGUUGCUUGGAUCUUCCAAGCGAGACGAACAAUCGUCGAGCUGUCGCCAAUUAUUUGACGACUGGUUUGAAUACGACACUCGUGACCUCAGCUUCAGUUCUCACCUGGAUUAACAAAGAGAGGAGCACUGUUUGGACCGCUCUUACUGGUGCCCACCUUCGCCUUCUUGACCUCUGGUUGGAAACAGAUGCUGGAAAAAGUUUCCAAGAACGAAUGGACAGCAAUAUCGCUGGAGGUUUCAAUCUUCAACGCCCUUACAUCUUUCCGGGAAAGUUGAAGGAGUUUCUACAACAAAGUGGGCUUAUUGCGGACGUCUACCGUAACAUUCUCGACGUUGUCGUAGACAACCUUUUUGAGUCUACUGAGGGACGCCAGUGGGUAUCGGCCUUUACCGACGCCACUGCAAUCGUCCUCAGUGAAUUGAUAACUGAAUGCUAUGAGUUCUCCGAAGAGAACGGACUUCAAAAGCGCGAAUCCCAGAUCCCCGAGCAACUAGUUACCGCUUGUAUUCUGAAAGGCGAUGCUAAGACCCAGGACGUCCCUUUCCCCACUCUCCUGAUCGACACCAAUUGGCCAACUAUGAAGCGACAUGUUGGUUCAUUCGGGUAUCUUGGUAAAGCCGCUGAGGCUGAAGAGGUUGAGACAAUUGAUGAUGAUGAUAGCUUCGUCUCAGAGGUUUCUCACUCUUUAAUUGAGCCAAAGUUCAUCAAACCUCCCCCUAAUUCCAUUCCUGAAGAAAGAUCCUCGUCUCUUGAGGAAAUCGGGGCUUAUUAUCAAGAAAUUUACGAAGCUGACAUGCAUAGUCUUCAAACUGUCAAGGCUGGUAUCAUCCAGCAGAUCGAGGACUUAGAGGCGGAGGCGCAAAAGAUUACCAUGUUUGCAGCGGCUCGUAACCAGAUGAUGACAAGCAUGUGUCAAGAUUUGGGGGCAGUUCAAAAGGUUUCUGCGAAGUUCCGUGCCUUCAGAAUGAAACUUGGACUUGCCAGUCGUAACGACAUGAUUUCUGCUGCCACGAAGCAGUUUUUUGGUGCUACUGCCAACGAUGUGGCCAAGGAAAUACUCGAAUACGUGUCUGGCGAUAGUCUCGACAAAGACUUGGGUAUCGAGGAGAGCAGUGCCGUCAGCCGGUUCACUGUUUCAGCUUCAACCUUGCCAAUUAGUCCUGGUAAAGAUAAUAGUGAACUGGGUGACAACUACCGGGAAACUGAUCAUGAAGACGGUAUGGUUUUGGACGAGGAAGACAAGGAUGACGAGUCGUCCCCCGGGUUUUCGGCUACCAACUAG